UCGCUGCGUUGAACGCUGUGACGAGGAAGAUUUUAAGAGCUCGACUGAAGUGCGUCGUUCGUCGCCCUCAGCUCUGUCUUCGCCGUGUUUUCAAUUAUUCGCUCAUAUCCAAACAUGGUCCGCACACAUUAUGGACCAACUCGCUUAAAGCCCAGACCUUAUGGAGAUGGUCAUGGUGUGGGACCUGGUGAAGGGAAUUACAUCCCCAACUCCAAAAGUCAAAGAGACGACCAGGGCUACCCAGGAAAGGUUCCCUUUAAUUGGAGAGAAUCGAGAGGUAGAGGACGACCCCCUGUGGCCAAAAGAGUUCCUCUCAUGGGAGAGCAAAGAGAACCGCGUUUCAAUAACUGGAGGUCCCAGAAUCAGGAUUCAUUUCAAGUAUACCCACCCAAAAUGGAACCCCACCAUAGCCAGAGGAGGCCCUCCCCAUCAAGGCCAAACCGCGCUCCUCACAUCCAGCAUCAGUCAUCAGCCCACAGUCCUGCACAAGGACACCAAGGUCACCGGGGUACAUCUUUCCAUGGUCACCCUUCAGGUCACACGUCACCUUCCCCAAGACAUUUCCGUAGCUACACAGCUGAUAGAAGACCAGGUUCUGCACCCGCCUUCCACGGAUCUUUCAGAGGCCCCAAAAAGCAGCCAGGUUUCCCACAUCAAGAGCAGCGCAGUCGAGACCCUCGAGAGAAUUACAGUUUAAGAGAAAGGCCGUAUGAACACACAGGUCAUGGCAUGAAGCGUUGGAACGAGGCCGGACCGUUUGCUCAUCCACACAAUGGAGAACACAGGCCCUCUGGCUCACAGAGGAGCCCCAGAGAGAUGCAUGGGAGAGGCUCAUGUACAGAGAGGUGGUCAUCUGAGCAAGACUCCAGGCGGCAGCGUGGUCCAGGGGAGAGGCAGGGCAGCCGAUCCCACAGUAGAGAGAGGGCACAGGAUGUCCCUCACCUGCCCCCUUACAGAUCCACUUCAUGGAAAGGGGGUCCAUCACCGUCAUCCUCCUUCCACAGAGGGCCUCAGGAGAGGCAAAUGGCAGGAUCCCGCAAGAGGAGGAUAUCGGAGGUCAACAUUCCCCCUGCAGAUCUGGAACAUGGCAAUAUAAAACAACCAAGGAGAGAGAGACCUCAGCUACUCCAUAUUCCCAGACCAUUUGGUGGUAAACCAUUGUCCCUUAGGGACAAAAGUUACCUGGUUAAAACCCGACAAGUCAGAGCCGAGUCUCUCAUGCAGCUCAGAAUACCUCCGGCUGUAAAACACAGGCCUCGUCUGGGCGAAUUCGCCUCACAGAGAAACACCAGCUCUGUUCUUGCUCUCAGGAAGAAGCGUUUCCAGUUAAAUGCAGUUCCUCUUAAAAAGUUGGAAGCAAGAAGGCAAAAACCACAACAGUCACCCCCUAGAGAAGAAAGCAUUACCAGCCAGUCUUCAAGAGACUCUGAUACAGGAAAAGAACAGGUGGAGUCUCGUCGGUCCUUAAGCGCACACAGAUCUUCUCCCAUAGAGAAACGUGAUCUUGUUGUCUUGUCCCAUUGGCCACCUGGUCCAAGUUCCUCCAAGGGUGGCUCCCCUCCAAAGGAUCACAGCCCAGAUUCAAAAACCGAAUACAGUUUAGAUCAAGACACCACAUCAAACAGACGACUCUCAAAGACCAAUAAUUCCAGAUCAUUUCCUGAAGACAGAAAACGUGGAUAUCUGGAUAAGAGGACAUUUAGACCGUUUAAUAUGAUGCAGGACACCCACAGACCAGGGAGGCCCUUCAGGAGACCAGGACCUGGACCCGGACCUGGACCUGGACCUGGACCCAUGCAGAGGCCAAAUUUCCCUGGAGGUCCAAAGAGGACAGACCCUGAAAUGGGUGGAAAUAUUAGAAGACCACUCAUGGAGAGCUUGGUACCGCGUCCCUUCCCGAUGCAGAGACCAGUUUUCAGAAAAAGUUACAGUAUCAUGUCUAAAUAUCGCAACAUGAGAGUGAUGCGGCAGCGUGCGCCAUUCAACCGAGGACCCAACCAACAACGCUGGUGAUAACCUGCAGUGAGUUGGUAAUGUGUUGCAUUCUGUGAAUAUGAAACAGGAGAAAUUCUCAUCAGGAUCUUCUCUGGGUGGACUGUACAAACUGUCAUGAUGUGUAUUGUCAGUAUCAUUGACUGUAUUUUCUCUCUGCUACAAGGGUUGCAGUUGCAUUUUUGAAGUAUUUUUAUUUUUAGAAUAUCUGUAACACAUCCCAUUAUAUUAUUCUAUCCUGCUUUUUCAGAUUGCUGAAAAUUUGGGGAUUUGCUGCUUUUGAUCUUGGGAGUCCUUGUUUCACUUUAAUAGUUUCAUGAUUUUUGUUGAGCAGUAGCUUUCUAUUUCUGAUUUGUAAGUGCAAAGAAAAAUGACCUUGUCUGUAAAAUCAAAUGACGAGAUGUCCUGUUUGAUUUAUCAUGGAAGUUUUGAUUAGAAAACCCUGCCUUUUGGCUACUACUUGUAAAACUUGUAAUCAUAUGUUGAGUUUGUCUCUUUAAAUAAAACCCCACUUAACACA